CCAAAUGUUAGGAGUGCUUCACCUCUAAUUGGAAUACUCACUUUGUUUUGCGGAGCGGAGGAGAUACAGAGUUUCAUAAAUUCAGAUCACUUCAGGUUCACACAUGAAAAGGUGAUUUAAAAGCGUUUUCACGAUGGGUGGCCCCAGAACUUUAGGGCAAGUUCUACUACUCUCAGCAGUCGGUGUCGUAUGCAUAUCAGCACUGGUCUCUGCAGAUUCAAACAAAACAUCAGGCACAGGUCGAGGGAUAUCUGAAAACUGCAAUGCUAUCAAUCCAGGCAAUGGUUCUCAAGAAUCUUGUAAAGCAGAAAAUCUACAAAAUGCCAGUCAAGCAAUAUCUCAUGCAGUGGACACACUGGUAAAGGAGCUAUCCUGUAAAAGGGGUAAAAAUGCAAGCUUACCAGAAUACGAGGAGGAGGAGGAGGAGGAGGAGGAGGAGGAGGAGUUGGUAGAAGACCUCAGGGAGCUCGUGGAGUCAACUUUGAAAGUCUUCUCUCAACUGGUCACCAAAGAGUCUGGAUUUAAUGUUCUGGAUAUAUUUGGUGUUCUGGAAAGUCUGAGUCUUGGUCAUCACUGUGACCCAAGAUUCAUCAGACGGUGGUUCAAAAUAAAGAUGGCUCCUCUUUUGUCCAAUGUCAACAAACACUUCCUAACCCAACUGAGCAGACAGAACUUCAGCUGCAGUUCUUACCAAGAAUUGAUUGACGCUAUGAGCGAUGAGCUGGAGGACUCUCAAAAAGAGAAGACAAAACUAAUCUACCAACACUUCAUUCAUGCCUACCUAUCAAGAAAGGAUUUACCAGAGCCUGACUGCACAAAAAGUGUGAAUGGCAGUGCAGAAUGGCUGGAGAAAAAUCUUGGAAUUUUUUCAAACUUAUCAAGUCUGAAGGAGCUUAAAGAAAUCAACAAAAACUUCUCUGCAAAAAAGAGUUUGGAACAACUCUCACCAGAGCAGAAGGCGGAGCUGAUCUUGGAUCCAGACAGUGGAGUUUUGGAGGAUGAGGCCCUGGUAAAGAAAGUAUUGACAAGCUUCAAAGGGUCAUCAGACAAUGAGGAGUUUAAGGAUUUCUUCAAAGCAUUUGCAAAGAACAACAAGCAGAAAAACAUCACCCUAAUCAAAAAUCCAGGUGUACGAGACACAAUCUUGAACCUGACUUUGACGGCCCUUGCGCCUGAAUUUGAAGGAUUUGAGCCUGAAGACUUUAAGAUGUUGUUCCAGGACCAGUUGGCUCCUGUCUUGGCGAGCCUCCACCCUGGCAGCUUGGCGGUUAUCCCCAAUAACAUCAGCUGUCACUCCUACAGAGCUAUACUCGCUGGUUUUGGGCAAAGUUUGGAAUCCCUGCCAUUGCACCUUUCGGACAGCCUGAGAUCAAGCAUAAAGUCACUGAAGGAAAGAUUCACACGUUGCUCACUUCCAGACUCCUUCAUGUGCAAGAAGACCCCGGUCAAUGAGAACCUCAUCUGUGCUGCAGUCAAUAGAUCACACGUCCAAGAAACACUAUCUGUUUACAAUUCCUCUGAAGCGCUGUGCCGUUUUACCCUCACUGAGCAUGCUUGUUCCUCGGCUACACAUCUAACAGCCAGCAACUUGGUCACAUUGAUGAACUGCACACUGGAAAGCAACAGGACAUACCCGACAGAGGUCUGGAAGCUUUUAUUCCAAAAAGCUUCUCCUGAACUAGACAAGGCUCUUGAGACAUUCGCAACCAUGGCACCAGGCAAGAGCAACCCAUCCUUGUCACAUGCACUUGAGGCUCUCGGAGUGGUGAGAAUUGCCAACUUCAGCCAGACACAACUGCAGAGUGAUGACUUUGUCAGCAGCUGGUUCCAGACAAAUAUUCGUCCGUUUUUGGCCUCCACAACCCCCAACUUCCUAUUCUGCCUCAGCUCCAAGAACUUCAGCUGCGAGACCUACCAGACUGUCAUCAAGGCAUUCAGCAGUCAAAUGGCAUCCAUGGACAGAGAACAACAGCAAGCUGUCUACACUCAUUUCAUCCGGCCAUUCCUUUCAAGAAAUGACUCAUCAGAUCCUGGCUGUGUCUCCUUCAACAGAGGCAGUAAAGAGUGGCUUCAGGGCAACUUUGGCAACUUCUCUGGUUUUGCAACCCUUCAGGAUCUGCAACAUCUCAAUGCCAACUUCUCCAGCGUAAGUAGCGGACCUUGGUUGUAGAGCUCAACUC